AGAUGUGGGAGACCGAUAGUUGGGAAGGCAGGCCAGAUAGAAAUAGGCAAAAAAAGGCGGUGACUGGAGCCAAGCCUGCUGGAUUUCAGGGGCCGACCUGGGGAGGGUGGUGCCCGGGGACUGGGAGGGAGGAGGGCUGCCAGGAUGUGAACUGGGGAAGGCAGCUGGGGCUGGAGAACAGCGCGGAAAGGGGGCCCAGGGAGUUGGAAAGAGGGCCAAGUGGAGGGAAAGGAAGGUGACGGGUUAUGGGGAGAGAAAAGAAAAAGGGUGUCUUGGCGGUGGCCUUGGUAAGAGAAAGGGGCAAGGGGCAUAAUUGACAAGGCAUUGAAAGUAUUGAAGUCAGAGCGUUGGGAAGAAUCUACCCAACUCUCGGCGGUCCACGCGGGGACAGACCUCAGCCUGUGAGCCUUGAGUCCAGAAGGAGUGGCAGCCUCAGGACGUUUGCCAGAGAGCCUGAAAUGUUAGGGAAGCCUCAUCCCCGCCAGGAACAGAGCUGGCGCUGAGUUCCCGGCUUCGCCGGGGUCAGAAGCAAGGAAAGUUUGCCAGCGAGUGUCCUUUGUGCUGCAUGGAGGGGGGUGUGGGCAGCCGCCGACUCGGCGCUUCCCCGCCUCCCGCGACGCCCGCCUCCCGCCCAGGGAGUCCCUGCCUGGCAAGCUGGGGCUAGGGGGGAACGUCCAGCAGCGGGAGGGCCGCUCGUCCCGGGACGGUUCCAGGGGAGCCUGCGCGGAAACGCGGACCAGGCGAUUCGGCCCGGAUGCCAGAUCCAGGAGAAGGGGACCUUGCUUGCCGUGUUCACCGCUGUAGCCCCAACGCCAAGAACGGAACCUGGCCGUGAGUGAAUGACUGGCCAGGGUACAAAUGGUUUUGAAGCACUUGAACCUCACAGGCAAAGGCUAAGAGUCUAAAUCCCAUCCCGCCGCACAUCUCCAGACUUCAAUUUGGCUGAAAUAACUCAUGCCACGGACCUGUGCACAUGCCUGGAAUUGAGAGACACAGUUAAAAGACUCCAAAUUGCUUUCUGCCUUUUGAAAACUCCUGAAAACCAUCCCUUUGGACUCUGGAAUUCUACACAGCUCAACCAAGAUUUUGCUUGAAUGUUUACAUUUUCUGCUCGCUGUCCUACAUAUCACAGUAUAGUGUUCACGUUUUGUUAAAACUUUGGGGUGUCAGGAGUUGAGCUUGCUCAGCAAGCCAGCAUGGCUAGGAUGAGCUUUGUUGUAGCAGCUUGCCAACUGGUGCUGGGCCUACUAAUGACUUCAUUAACUGAGUCUUCCAUACAGAAUAGUGAGUGUCCACAACUUUGCGUAUGUGAAAUUCGUCCCUGGUUUACCCCACAGUCAACUUACAGAGAAGCCACCACUGUUGAUUGCAAUGACCUCCGCUUAACAAGGAUUCCCAGUAACCUCUCCAGUGACACACAAGUGCUUCUCUUACAGAGCAAUAACAUCGCAAAGACUGUGGAUGAGCUGCAGCAGCUUUUCAACUUGACUGAACUAGAUUUCUCCCAAAACAACUUUACUAACAUUAAGGAGGUCGGGCUGGCAAACCUAACCCAGCUCACAACGCUGCAUUUGGAGGAAAAUCAGAUUACAGAGAUGACUGAUUACUGUCUACAAGACCUCAGCAACCUUCAAGAACUCUACAUCAACCACAACCAAAUUAGCACUAUUUCUGCUAAUGCUUUUGCAGGCCUAAAAAAUCUAUUAAGGCUCCACCUGAACUCCAACAGAUUGAAAGUUAUUGAUAGUCGCUGGUUUGAUUCUACACCCAACCUGGAAAUUCUCAUGAUUGGAGAAAACCCUGUGAUUGGAAUUCUGGAUAUGAACUUCAAACCCCUUGUAAAUUUGAGAAGCUUAGUUUUGGCAGGAAUGUAUCUCACUGAUAUUCCUGGAAAUGCUUUGGUGGGUCUGGAUAGCCUUGAGAGCCUGUCUUUUUAUGAUAACAAACUGGUCAAAGUCCCUCAACUUGCCCUGCAAAAAGUUCCAAAUUUGAAAUUCCUAGACCUCAACAAAAACCCCAUUCACAAAAUCCAAGAAGGGGACUUCAAAAAUAUGCUUCGGUUAAAAGAACUGGGAAUCAACAACAUGGGCGAGCUCGUUUCUGUCGACCGCUAUGCCCUGGAUAACUUGCCUGAACUCACAAAGCUGGAAGCCACCAAUAACCCUAAACUCUCUUACAUCCAUCGCUUGGCUUUCCGAAGUGUCCCUGCUCUGGAAAGCUUGAUGUUGAACAACAAUGCCUUGAAUGCCAUUUACCAAAAGACAGUCGAAUCCCUCCCCAAUCUGCGUGAGAUCAGUAUCCAUAGCAAUCCUCUGAGGUGUGACUGUGUGAUCCACUGGAUUAACUCCAACAAAACCAACAUCCGCUUCAUGGAGCCCCUAUCCAUGUUCUGUGCCAUGCCACCCGAAUAUAAAGGGCACCAGGUGAAGGAAGUUUUAAUCCAGGAUUCGAGUGAACAGUGCCUCCCAAUGAUAUCUCACGACACCUUCCCAAAUCGUUUAAACAUGGAUAUCGGCACGACGGUUUUCCUAGACUGUCGAGCCAUGGCUGAGCCAGAACCUGAAAUUUACUGGGUCACUCCCAUUGGAAAUAAGAUAACUGUGGAAACCCUUUCAGAUAAAUACAAGCUAAGUAGCGAAGGUACCUUGGAAAUAUCUAACAUACAAAUUGAAGACUCAGGAAGAUACACAUGUGUUGCCCAGAAUGUCCAAGGGGCUGACACUCGAGUGGCAACAAUUAAGGUUAAUGGGACCCUUCUGGAUGGUACCCAGGUGCUAAAAAUAUAUGUCAAGCAGACAGAAUCCCAUUCCAUCUUAGUGUCCUGGAAAGUUAAUUCCAAUGUCAUGACAUCAAACUUAAAAUGGUCGUCUGCCACCAUGAAGAUUGAUAACCCUCACAUAACAUAUACUGCCAGGGUCCCAGUCGAUGUCCAUGAAUACAACCUAACACAUCUGCAGCCUUCCACAGAUUAUGAAGUGUGUCUCACAGUGUCCAAUAUUCAUCAGCAGACUCAAAAGUCAUGCGUAAAUGUCACAACCAAAAAUGCCGCCUUCGCACUAGACAUCUCUGAUCAAGAAACCAGUACAGCCCUUGCUGCAGUAAUGGGGUCUAUGUUUGCCGUCAUUAGCCUUGCGUCCAUUGCUGUGUACUUUGCCAAAAGAUUUAAGAGAAAAAACUACCACCACUCAUUAAAAAAGUAUAUGCAAAAAACCUCUUCAAUCCCACUAAAUGAGUUAUACCCACCACUCAUUAACCUCUGGGAAGGUGACAGCGAGAAAGACAAAGAUGGUUCUGCAGACACCAAGCCAACCCAGGUUGACACAUCCAGAAGCUAUUACAUGUGGUAACUCAGAGGAUAUUUUGCUUCUGGUAGUAAGGAGCACAAAGACGUUUUUGCUUUAUUCUGCAAAAGUGAACAAGUUGAAGACUUUUGUAUUUUUGACUUUGCUAGUUUGUGGCAGAGUGGAGAGGACGGGUGGAUAUUUCAAAUUUUUUUAGUAUAGCGUAUCGCAAGGGUUUGACACGGCUGGCAGCGACUCUAGGCUUCCAGUCUGUGUUUGGUUUUUAUUCUUAUCAUUAUUAUGAUUAUUAUUAUAUUAUUAUUUUAUUUUAGUUGUUGUGCUAAACUCAAUAAUGCUGUUCUAACUACAGUGCUCAAUAAAAUGAUUAAUGACAGGUUGGGGUUCCCCUGUGCUUUUACCAGUAGCAUGACCCCUUCUGAAGCCAUCAGUAGAAAGUACUUUGUCCUCCAAAAAGCUAACAUACGGUUUUGAAGCAGCAUUGAAACUUUUGUAGCAAUCUGGUCUACAGACUUUUAACUCAAGAAGCUAAGGCUAGACUUGUUACCUUUGUUGAAUGAUGUUAGUUGACUGUACUGUAAUGUUGUAUCAACUGAAUUGAAUGUUUGCCUUUAAACAAUGAAUUUUCUUUUUCUUUCCUUUUUUUUUUUUGUAAUAGUUAAAGAGGCUUAGAACAAGCUAACAGGCAAUAGAAGUAUGUAUAUCAGAUUUUUUAAUGUAACAAACUACAUGUUAAUUGUUAUCUUAUUCUUUUUAUCUUUAGCAGACACUUUUAAAAGAAAAGACAAUUUUGUUGUGUUUAACUCACCAACACGUGGUGUAUAAUGAAGAUAGAACUAUAAUAAAUUAGUUUUGUUCUGAUUUUUUAGAACACUUGCAAUAAUGUAUCAUUUAUAGUUCUUGCUAGUUGCAGUGGUAAUAUUUUUCACAUCCAUAAAAACAACUACGAAAAUAAAUCAGCUGUAGCAUGUUGCUUUUUAAAGCUAGGCCCUAAAAGGUUUUAAUUCUUUUUCUAAGGGAAGAAAUGUCUAUUUUACUUAAGAUAUUUUAAUGAACAGGAUUUCUGUAUUUUAAAUAGUACUGACUAGCACCUAAUGGGCAGUGGGAGGGUGGUUCAUAUGAAGAAAAAAAGGUGUAUUGUUGUAUCCCAUGCAUUAAUAAAGGUAAAUAUAUAUAUACCAAUAUAUUCAUAUAUAGACACACACAUCCCAACCUGUCACACAUAAUGCGUGUGUAUAUAUAUGAAUAUAUUGGAUAUGUCAUUUCUGUAAGAGUUUUGUUAAAACCUGAUUUUCUUUUGUAGUAUCCACAUUCUUCAUCAAAGUACACAAACAUCUAUGGAGUGUCACAAACUGUAUGACAUGUUAUUUUUUUUUAACAGUUGUCUAUCUGCUUAGACCCGUAUUAGUCUCUAUAUCUGUGUGGCGAUAUCUGCUGAGACAAGUAAAUGAUUAAUAGAAAACAAAACAACUUCCGUACAGUUGACAUUUUUCAUCCAAAUAUAUAUAGACAGUUUUGGAGAAUCGUUUCAAGAUUAUAGAGGGAACGUGUAACAUUUAGAGUAGAUGGAGCUAGGUUUAGGUAGAAGGCCAGAGGGCAGAGGGAGGGAUGGGAUUUAAUAGGUAAAGAAAAACCCAUUUGAAAAUAAAGGUUGUUUCAAAAGGCAGCUGCCGCCAGGCACACACCAUUCCAUCAGACAGGUGCCAGACAAGCAAAAGCAAGGAAAAGUUGGCAGAAAGAAAGUCCAGGUGAUGUAGACUGAGAUAUUUCUUUCUUUGGCAAUAUUUUGGUUUUGUGAAUCACUUUAAAAAAAAAUCACUUUCUUCCCAUUCUUAAGGGGUUUUGGCAAACAGAAUUUCAGAUCUUGAAACAAAUGAGCUGCAACAGAAAAAUAAGAUGUACCUGAGCUCGAGGCAUCCCUUCCCAAAGCCUUCGCUUAUUGGUGAGAAAAACCUGGGCCCAGGGAGGGCUUGCAGCUUAUCCAGGUCAGACUCCUGCCGGUUCAGCGCUCUGCACUCCAUCGAUUGUUCAAGGCCCAGCAGCCUUUUAGGUUCCUGUGCAGGGCCCCUCUUUCUUUUACAGUUCUGCAUAACCCCUAGUGGCCCUGCUUCAAAAAUGCAGUAUGUCCUGAAGUUCCCAUUUACUCAGGAUACAUUUUAGCAUAGGGCAGAUCAGACUCUCUAUUGUUAGUAUUGCAAAGUAUGUAUGGGAAACACAGAGAAUUGGAGCUGCAUUGAAUGCAAACUUGGGGUGUUUCCCUUGAGGAAUUCUUGUCUUCAAACGUCUGCAGAGAGUAGUGGACCAUGUUACAACUUUCCUGUUCGUCUGUGAACCAUGAAAAGGGAUGGCACUGAUGCAUUAGACCCUCAGCAGCCUGCAAUUGCAAAUCUGCGAGGCUUCAUUCAGCCCAUAAAAACAAACAUUUGAACUUACACAGAAUGAGCACUUAAAUACGAGUGCAAUAAAUGAAGGGAAAAACCUCAGCCAUUUCUCCAUUCUGAAGAUGUAGCAAGCACCAGGAAAUCUGAGAUUUUUCAUCAACAAUAUCUUCUGCCAGCCCAGUUUGGGGGGAAAAAAACCCCUUUUACAUUUUUCUUCGGUAAAGUACUGGAACUUACUUUUCCCUGUCUGUGCUAAUGAGUUGAUUUUCAGCUGAUAGAAAACAAAAUGAUACAGUACUUUUUUCCUUGGCCAAGUAUUUUUUCAUUGGUAUUUAAUUUGAUAAAUUAGACAGCCAGUGAAAUUAGACAUCAAACUAGGUCCUGAUGGAUAAUGAAUGUUAUGUCACCUUUAACAGUGAAGUGGUUAUUAUAGGUCACUUUCUAAUUUCAUAUUUUCCCUUUUGCUUUCUGCUGCCCUCAGGGUAUAUAGUGUAUCUCUAACCUGAUUUUUCAAGGUUAUUUUUGGAGCAGUUUCUUAAAACAGGCAUUCCCUGACUUGCUCAUUUAAUUAAUGAAAAAUUGAACUGAUGCCAUGGAUAUAAAAACAAAUGCAAUGUUUGAUUGUCAGUGUUUCUGAUUUGGCAAAAAGGAAUCGUCUCUAUUUUUUUUUGCAAACAAUAUCAAAGUGCGUAUUUUCUCUCA